AUGACUGGUUCGGGUAGGCAGCCCGUGCCACACCAACCCAGGCCAUGUCCACUCUCGACAUACAAAUCGGGUCAAGGCUCUUGGCCAUGUGCGAGAUGUCCUCCGGGGUCUCAAACGAACGGGACUGGCAGGACGUCUGCCGAAGCCUGCAUGUGUCAUGACACGUACUACGAGCUGCGGGAUGCAAGCAACAAGUUGCUGUCAUGCAUUCCUUGCCCAAACAAUUCCGGCGUUGUUGGUUUCCACAGACACCGGCACGAGGACUGCAGAUGCUGGCAUGGAUUUGUGAGAGAGCCAGCUUCAGAGGACGAGCGAUUGCAGUACUGUCGACCGGCAGAACCCUGCAACGUGAGUGACCUUCUAUCAAAUCUCACAGGCCCAGAAGCCUACAAGCUCAAAAUGGGCAGCUGCGAAGCAAGAGCAAACUCCUCUUUGCUACCAGACGGCCUAGCUUGCAGUUUGGCUUGCAAUGCGGGCUUCGGUGCCCAGCUUGGAUCCGACAUCUUCCGCGCUGUGGACUUGACUUUGGACUGUGAGGAUGGUACUUUGGUGCGCAGGCCUCCCGAAGGCUACUUGUGGUGCUCGGAAGCUUCGUGGGAGCUUCCUCCUCUGGUGUUUUUAGGCAUCGCAACAGCAGCGACUGCACUGGGUGGUGCAGCGAUCGAGCUGCGCCAGCAUCGUCUUGAAAGACGAUACGCCCAAGCGCUGAAACCUCGACCUGUACCGCGACCAAAGAGGGCCUCCUCGGGCGCCUCAAAUGACCACUCCACCGGUGAGCUUUUCAGCUUGCCUAACACCUAG